AUGCUGUGCGAAUCUGUCGCGGCUUUUGCUCUUGCCGGCAACAUCCUCCAGUUUGCCGAGUUUGCGACAAAGUUUGCUAACAAAUGUAUCAAGAUUCACCGUUCUGGUGGAGGCGCCCCCAAUGAACUCCGCGAACCCUACGACUUUGUGACUCGCCAGCAAACUACAUCGCGGGGGCUGCACCAAUCCGAGGCUGAGCGCACAAAACUGUUGCCGGAACACUCUGAAGUUUUGCAGGUAUCUGACCAAUGUUCCAAGAAGUUCUCUGAGAUCCGGGGAACCCUGGAUGAUAUUGUUCUGAAGGGCAACAAGAUUGCGUGGGGAACUGCCACUACUGCGUUCAAGGCGACAUGGAAUGAGAAGAAGAUUGUAGAUCUCAGAAGCGAUGUCAUGCUCUUCAGCCAGGGCCUCCAAACUGCUCUUCUCCGUUAG